AUGCACUAUCAAAGAUUAACAGACGAUGCAUCAAUAGUCGUAGAUGAAAAUGGUGAAAGUCAACUGUUGUCAUCAUCGUUGGAUUCUGAUAAAAAAAUUUGUUACACAAGAAAAAUUAUUCUGAGUCUUUUAACUAUACAAAUAGUUUUAUGUUUACUUCUUCUGGUGGCUGAUGUUCGUCUUUUAAUUAAAAAUAGAGACGAUAAUCUUCGACAAGGUCUACUCUCUUUAGGCCCAAUCUUGUUCUCAUUUGUGUAUUAUGGAUGUGGUUUAAUUGUUGUAUAUCGAAUUCACUAUUUAGGAAUCGCUAUCUUUGGUUGGGCAGGUUAUCUACAAUAUGUUGUCUUAUGUGGUGAAAUGUUUUUAAAUGUUCUCAUCAUUGCGAAACAUCGAUCGAAUAGUAAACAUACGAAUAUUAGUUAUUCCACUGGUGUAAUUAUUACAGUUAUAUCUCUAUGUCAAGCAAUAUUAAUGGUUAUUACAUGUAAAUUGACAUUUAAAAUUUUUAAUCUAAUAAAAACUUUUAAACGCGAUGCUCUCGGUCAAGUUUAA